UGCCAAAAUGUAUAUGAUUGGGAAAAAUUAUCGGGAAUGAUUGGAAUUGAAUCGGGAGCAAAAAAAGCAAUCGGAUCGGGAAAUAUCGGGAUCGGCAGAUACUCAAACUAAAACGAUCGGGAUCGGCUCGGGAGCAAAAAAACAUGAUCGGAACAACCCUAGUAGUGACUAAGCAAAUUCAUGUUCAUAGAUCUUCACAUUUUGACAGCAUGUUUUUAAACAGGUCACAAUUUGAAUCAAUGCUGCCAAUAGGUCUGUUAUACUUCCUCAUAUGAAGUGAAAGUCCAAACUUGUCAAAAAUGUCAUUUUUCCUAGAAUUUAGCCAGUGUAUCAAAAUGGGCCCCUAAAUUUCUUAACCUUCGCCGAACCCCUUAGACAUACUCACCGAACCGCUGGGGUUCGAUCGAACCCAGGUUAAGAAUCACUGCUCUAUACUUACUGACCAGAAAAGCCAAAUGGCACUGCCACGAUGCAAGCUGACGUACUCCACGUACAAUAUGAUAAUGUCAUGUCUUCGUCUUGUUAUAUUGCAGUCUCCCAAGCCAUGAUUUUAGCUCGACAUCGUCAUAAAAAAUUGUUCGUGUUUUCGUUAUCGUCAUUGUUGACGAAAACAACACAAAGACAUUCCAUCAUUUUAGCCUCCAUAAUAAACAUCAGUUUCUUUUGAUUUCACUUUGACCUCACUUGAACUUUUAUUGUUGUGUGCAAAAAAAGCUGCUGAUUUCCUUUAAGGACUUUUAAGGACUUUAUAUUCCAUUGUAGGACUUAGAGUUGUCCGAUAUUAUAAAGUAGCCAAUAAUGUUGGCAGAUAAAAGCAUUUUAAAAUGAUGUCUGAUAAUAUCGACAUCGGGUUUUCAUUAUCGAUUUUGGGCCAAUCAUAGACUUCACUAUCAGUUGACGGGGCGCGGGGCCGCUCCAAAGAGGGCCUAGUUUCAAAAACUUAAAGUUCAAAUAUUUUCAAAACCAAAGUUGCAAGCAACCUAAAACCAAAACAGGCACCUGCCUGGGGCAAAUAUGAGUCUCCAUGAGCAGCAGCAUCCAAAAAUUUAAAGUCGUUCCCUAAUAAAAUCCAAUUAUUCUUUAUACAAGUAUAACAAAACAUGGCAAAAAAUGGCUAUAAAAUUCACAGAUUUUAUGCUAGAUGCACAAAAAUCGCCAAAUGCUGAGAUAAUCACCUACUAUAUUUUCAGGUUAAAUAGCAAUAUUAAACAUAUAAGUUUUUGCCCGAAAUGGCGACUUAUUUUAUUUACUGCAAUUUUGACAUAAGUUUUCAACAGCUAAUAAAUCAUUCAGUUCUCGCAUCAGAAACUUAAUACUUGAGGAAGUAAAGCAUAAUCAUCUUAAUUGUACUCAACAAAGCUAAUUUUGCAUUUUUCUAUAAACAAUCACAACUUAUUUAGGUUGAAUUCCGAUGUCACUAUUUCCUCAGCACGUCUGCCGGCUAUUUGGCUCUGGUUGUUUUUAGAUUAAAAUUUUAUAUAAAAUAAAACACGUGAAAGCCGAAUUUUUUUUUUUUUUGUACAGACGUAGAAAUGUCUUAAUUACUAUUUUUUUGUCCAAAAAACGGGCAUUUGGCCGAAAAUUACCUGAUUAUUUGAAGUUACGCUAUUGUGUAUGGAUACAAAAUCCAACAAGGCGGCCAUCACAAAACAAAAUUUUUGUAAAUAAAUGCGUAAACCCUGGAAUUUUAUGAACGUAAAACAGUCUAGAUUCUUGGUGAAAAGCAAAAAAACGGGUAGUUAUCAUUCAUUUUACGUAAAUAUUUCAAACUUAUUAACUAACUACUAAUUACCUCAGUCUUCGACCAAAUCGGCGACCUUGAGUGCCAGAAAGGCGCCUUCAAAUAAAAUUUAUUAUUACUAUAAAUCUCUCUUCAGACACUCCUGCCUGCUUGUAUGCAGUAAAACUUUUGUCCUGUUUCCACCUAAACCUGGCGUUAGAACACAGCAUGUGUUUGAGUUUAUCGCAGUGAAGGCUUCCGCGACUCUGCCUAGCCUUGCCCCCAACGGGAAGACGUUGCGCAAUGUCUAUAAGAGCUGUCUCGUCAACUGAUAGUAAAGUCUAAUGACCAAUAUAUGUGUUGCCUUCAAAGUGAAUGUAGAAGCCUUUGUACAAGGGCUGGUUACAGCUUUGCAUGCUUAUUGACCAUUAGAUGUCUCAAAACUUAGAUGCUUGGGAUUUGUUAUAUGAGCUGACCAUUUAGAUUCAUGUUGCAAAAUGAACAAUAAGUGAUUGAAAAAUACUGAAUAUGUCAAGUGCAAGACCGCAUAUAUCACUUUGAUAUCGGUAUCGGAUUUUGGGGGUUGGAUAAGAUCGGGAUAUUGGUAAAAAAAAGUAAUUAUCGGACAACUCUAUCAGGACUGCAUGAAUGAAGGGAUGGUUAGUAGGUUAAUUAGUAGUCUCCUAUGCUCUCAUUAGUUGAAAUAGUGGGUCGCGAAAUGAUGUAGUCACUAUCCAAUGGUGCUGAACUGCUUUGGAUUUGUGGUGUGCUUAUAAUUAGGGGUCAUGAAGCUUGUUUUAUUUUGUUGUCUUCUUGUUCACUAUUCUUCUUGUCCUUUUGAUGGACUUCAAAAUAGGUGAACGCUGUGGUGCUGAAGCUUGCGGGCAUGUACAGUAUAUGUUGUGAAAUAAUGUUAUGAUGAUUACACCUUCUUAUUCGUGCAUUUUCUUUAUUUUAAUGACUAUUUACAUAGUAAAUUCGCACUGAAAGUAAUAAAACUAUGAAUGAAAACGUGUGGAAUUAUGUACUUUGCAAAAAAAGGUGGAAUAAGUAAAAACAUGUUUAAUAUUUUAGUAUCUUCAUUUUUGCACACUCUUGGCAUUCUCUCGAUGAGCUUCAGGAUCAGGAUGUAGUCGCCUGAAAUGGUUUUUAGUUCACAGGUAAGCCUUAUCAGGUUUAAUUAGUUGAAUUUCUUGCUUUUAUCAAUGGGGCUGGUUCCUUCAUUUGUGUUGCAUUGAAUGAGGUGUGUCCAAACCUUUGGCUUGUACUGUACUGUACUGUGCUGUAUAUUAUUUUGCUCCAAGCGGCCAAGUCCUAUUCGUCACACAAAAAAGCUCUGAUUUGUCCCUUCAUUGAAAAAUUAUAGACAGACUAAGCUUUCUGUUUUACUUCAUUUUACCAUUCUUUAAAGUAUGUUAUAUGGUAUAACACAAUCCUGACCAACUGUGAGCCCAUUAUCGUAGAUGGCACUUGGGUAGUGAGAGAUCUGCGACUAUCGAUUGCCUCCAGCUGUACUGUCAAUACCCCAGUCGAAUUCCGACACGGUGGACUAAUGGUCUCAUGGGCCGGUGGCAGCCAGAUGCACACCCGCCCACACACACACACACCAUCCCACCACCUCGGGAUAUAAUGAACAAAACAAUCCAUUAAUACAUCAAUACAUGACAACCUGGGUUUACCUGCUGCCUCAGCCAUUUCACAUUUGACCAAUGUUUUGCAACUUGCAACACACAUUUUCUGUCCAGCCUUUUGCAUUUCCAUCUGAUUUUCCAUAUCGCAUUAAGCCAAAGAAACAUGGGAAGGACAAAUAAGGUGUUGGGGAUCAGUGAGGCUAAUUUCACAUGCUCUCCUGAGGUCUAACAUACAGCACACAUUCACUUUUUUCCUCGCCUGGUUUAACAAGAUUUAUUCCUGUGACUGUCCAACAGUCAAGUUGUCUGCAGUGCACUCUCAUGGUCGUUUAACAGCAGGGUAAUGGUGUGUAUGGUGCUGCUUGACUGCUCCCCGGCUCUAGUCGCCCUGGAGGAGGGUGUUAGGGAACAUGGGAGGCGGGGGGAACCCUCCCAGAUCACAUGGGCAAAGCCCACUUUGUAAGAGAGAGAGGAUAGAAUGAGGUGACAAAAGACCUUUUGUGGAUGCAAGUUUACGGCAUUAACCUCUUUCUCCCCCAGCAUCACAUGAAGAACAAGAAACUACUGUGGCAACUUAGCGCUAGCCUGAGGCUGCGUGUUUGAUUAUGCACUGUGUGUGUGUGUCAGGGGGUGUCCAGGAUGUUUGCCCCCGGGAGUCUUGUGACUGAGCUGACAUUCUGAGAAAUGGGGAGUGUGGUCAGCUGUUGUCAAAAUGCCACAAAGGAGAGGAUUUGCAAGACAGGCCCGCUCUGCACUUUUUGGACAUUAGUGUCAGAAUUAAGAGAAACUGAGUGACCAACUACAAUAAUGUGGUGGAUGCUGGCACAGAUUCAGACGAUGAGGACAAGUUGCACAUCGUGGAGGAGGAAGGCAGCCUGGCGGACGGGGCCGACUGCGACAGCACCCUACCAGACGAUGAGCACCCCAGGGAGCACUGGGAUCGAGUGAAAGAAGACUGUGUGUCAGACGGCGAGGAUGACGUAAGCACAGACGCCUUGGUGGAGGAGAUGCUUCAGCAAGGGGACACAGCUGUCAUUUACCCAGAAGCCCCAGAGGAUGAACUGCAACGUCACGGCACUCCCGACGCCAGCAUUCAUGAUGAAAACGGAACACCAGAUUCCUUCUCUCAGCUGCUCACCUGCCCUUACUGUUCACGUGGCUACAAGCGUUACAGCUCCCUGAAGGAGCACAUUAAGUACCGGCACGAGAAGACCGAGGAAUGCUUCAGCUGCCCUGAGUGCAGCUACACUUUUGCACACCGCGCACAACUGGAGAGACACAUGACGGCCCACAAACCAGGAAGGGAUCAGAGACACAUCACACAGUCGGGAGGCAAUCGCAAAUUCAAGUGCACUGAAUGUGGAAAAGCGUUUAAAUAUAAGCACCAUCUGAAGGAGCACCUACGCAUUCACAGUGGAGAAAAGCCCUACGAGUGUUCCAACUGCAAGAAGCGAUUCUCUCAUUCGGGCUCAUACAGCUCGCACAUCAGCAGCAAAAAGUGCAUUAGCCUCAUCUCAGUCAACGGCAGACAACGACUGAGCAACAACAAGUCCCAGACCCAGGUUCAGACGCCAAUUCUUCCCACAUCACCAUCUGUCCUCCGCACGCAAAUUAGAGAGAAGCUGGAGCAUAGCAAGCCCCUACAGGAGCAGCUGCCCCUUAACCAGAUCAAAAGUGAGCCAAUGGACUACGAAUAUAAACCUACGUUGAUGACAUCCCCACCUGUGGCUGGCAUAAAUGGUGGAGUUUACAAUGGAGGCGCCGCGGCUUCUCUGCAGGGCACAGUACAAGCUGUGGUCCUGCCCACUGUGGGACUGGUGUCACCCAUCAGCAUCAACUUAGCAGAUCUGCAGAAUGCUCUUAAAGUGGCCGUGGACGGUAAUGUUAUUCGCCAAGUCCUGGAAAGCAACGCCAAAGGCCAGGGCCAGGCCAACUUGGGGUUAACCACUGGAACGCUCCACCCCUCCCAGCAGCAGCUCAUCUCAGCCAUCAGUUUACCUAUUGUGGGUCAGGAUGGAAAUGCAAAAAUCAUUAUAAACUACAAUUUAGAUCCCAACGGGGGCCAACUCACAGCGCAAAACCUUAAGAAGGAGCAUGAGCCAUUCUCAACUGCUCAGCCAACCGCAGAAUCUUUCAAAUGUCAGAAGCUUCCUGAAGAUCUGACCAUCAGGAGCAUGAGGGCCAACGAUACAAAAGAAGAGGAUAAAACCACUAAGACAUGUCUCCUGUGUGAUAGCUGUCCUGCCGGGCUGGAAGCACUCCAUACCCUCAAACACUGCAAAAAGGAGAGUCUCAAUCUCAACGGAGAGUCUGCUGUUGCUGCGCUGCUGUCAGAGGGAGGACUUUCCAACCAGCCUAAGAACCUCUUGUCCCUGCUCAAGGCCUAUUUUGCCUUAAACGCAGAGCCCACCAAGGAAGAGCUAGCCAAGAUCUCAGACUCAGUCAGCCUACCAAUUCAUGUUGUCAAAAAGUGGUUUGACAAAAUGCAGGAAGGUCAAAUAUCACUAGGUGCGCCUACACCACCUUCAGAGGAAGAGGAUGCCUGUGAUACCAACAGUGUCGUAUCUCUGAUCCAGGGGAAGGGGAUGCCCUCUAUGAGUCCUUCUGUGACUCAGGACAGUCCUACAGAAGCUACCCCAGCUGAGGUCAACGGCUCCCACAGCUCUCCAGCCUCUCCUUUACCACUAAAGGUGAGAGGUGAUGGUCUCCUUCAAGACCGGCCCCCUCAUAGCACUGAUUCACCACUAGACCUUUCCCUGCCAAAGUCUGACAAAGAAGAAACUGAGGCUGUGGUUGUAAAACGCCGCAAUUACCCCUCGCCUUCCUCUGUCCGUACCAAUCUGGAUGAACCUUUGAACUUAACUUGCACAAAGAAAGAUGCGUCGCCACUCUCAUGUAUGGGCUCCAGCCCUGUUGCACUGUAUGCCAGCCCGCCAAGUGCCAAAACUCUAAAUAUUGUGACCACUCAACUCCCCACGCUGGUGGCCAUUGCCGACCAGAGCCGUAUGCAAUGUCUAAGGGCAGUGACCACCAACAACAAACAGACUAUCCUGAUCCCCCAGCUGGCUUAUACCUACACCACUACAGCUAACAGCCCUGCUGGAACCGAGACACAGGAAACCAUCCACCUCAACGGAAUAAAGGAGGAAAAGCAGGACACAUGCUCAGAAGGUAUGUCUGCCAUGGACGACCACAACGACUCAGACUCGGGCCCUUUGAGGAAAAAGAUGAAGAAGACGGACAGUGGCAUGUACGCCUGUGACCUGUGUGACAAGAUCUUCCAGAAAAGCAGUUCGCUGCUAAGACACAAAUACGAACACACAGGGAAACGACCACACGAGUGCAGCAUCUGCACCAAGGCUUUCAAACACAAACACCACUUAAUCGAACACAUGCGCCUCCACUCGGGGGAGAAACCCUACCAGUGCGACAAGUGCGGCAAACGCUUCUCUCACUCGGGCUCGUACUCCCAGCACAUGAACCAUCGCUAUUCUUAUUGCAAGAAGGAGUCUCAGAGCCAAGGCGGAGGCAGGGAGAGCCCGGAGGAGGACGCCCUGAGCCGGGUACGGGGCUCACACCUCCUCCCUUUCCAGAUGGACUCGGACGAGCGCGGGAGCAGCGCCAGAGAGGACGAGGAAAGCGAAGAGUUCGAGGAGGAGGAGGAAGAAGGCGCGGUGGACAUGGAUGACGUCCAGGUGGUGCAGAUAGGAGACGAAGGAGGGGAUGACGACGAGGCCGAGGAGAAGACGGCGGAGACGGAGGAGGAGGCCGACACGAGACAAGAACACGAAGAGGAGGGAGUCGAGAUGGUGGGAGAUGAGGCGACGGAUGGAGAACAAGGCGUGACACGAGAGCGAGAAGAAGAGGAGGAGGUCAUGAGGGAGAGCGGGGGCGAAGGGAACGCAGCGUGUGAAGAAGAUGAGAGGCAGGAGAACGGAGAUGGUGACUAAAAACGAGGAGAAAUCAAGACUCCUGCUAACUUGUGACAGCUUGCUUCAGUUCACUACUGUGUAGAAAUCCAGGUGUGCCUGAAAAUUGAAAAAAAAACAAAAAAAAAUACAAGUGACUUUUCCGCAGAAAGAAAAAGAUUUCUCAAAUCCAUUUGUAAAGAGAAAAAUAUUAAGAAUGCAAAUUUUACUAAAGGAAGGAAAUGCAUUAUACAGACUUUGGAAGCUAGAGCCGACAAGUUUUAGAUAAUGUUUUAUUACUAAAACACCUUGGUUCGUUUCUUUUUAUCAGUGUUACUAAUUUUGCCACUCAUAUUUUAACCCUUAAAUGCUGUACAGUUGGGAGAUAUUUCUAUACCUUUUUAUUGCCAAUGAUCAUUAAGAAAAAAAGUCAGUAUUUUAUUAAGUUGGAAGGAAAAUAAGACAAAUCCUGUGCACUACAAGUGGCUUGGUUUACGCGAGGAUCGAGCAGUUCCGUUGUGUUUUCUACCCUUUCAGUAUUAGCGCACUAGAAAUACCACAACACUUAUUUUGGUUUGCGCUCUUUUUCCCAUCGGAUGAUGAGCCUUAAGAAUAAAAACAGUGGCGAUAGGACGGGUCGUUACAGCCAUUUACAAUUUUCAGGUGACUUCUGUAAGUCAGUGACAUUUUGGGACAAAAGCUUAUUAACUUUCUAUCUCACAUGUGUGCAACCAAAUUUUAAAAAUGAAUACUUGAACAUUUGUAAUGACAUUAAACAGACAAUAUGAUUAGCAUUAAACAUACGUCAGAAUUUUUUAAAAUGGAUUUGGCCCUUUUUCACCAAAAUGAGUUUCUAGCUAGCUAGCUAGCUAGGUUUAUAUCCCGGGCUUUGCAUGUUCUGCCCGAAAAGAUUCGUACUCGUAUUUACACAUUCGUGUUCGUAUUUAGGCAUUUGUAUAUUUUUAACCAGAAAAUUCUGACGUUUCAUUUUUUUUUUUGUGGGUGUGUGAAUACAACUCUUGGACUCGACUACGAAUCUUGUCUGUGGAUAAAUUCAAUUUUACAGUUACAACUAAAAAACUAAUCUAUCCUCGAAUCCUCUAAGGCAGUGUUUUCCAACCUUUUCUGAGUCACGGCACGUUUUUACAUUGGAAAAAAUGUUGCAGUACACCACAAACUAAAAGUGUUCCAAAAUGAUUUUCUGUACAGUUUAUUUAAUUCUAAUGUAAUUUCUCAAUAUUUAUACUUACUCAGUGUGACAUUUGAUCAGAGGCGGGUGGAGUAGCCGAAAGGUUUACUCAAGUAAGAGAAGUGUUACUUCAAAAAUAAUAUUACUUGAGUAAAAGUAGUCGUCCAAAAAAAUGUAUUCAAAGUACAAUUAAAAAAGUAUCCAGUGAAAAGAAUACUCAAGUAAUGAGUAACAUUGUGAGUAACUGUAGUUACAAUGAAACCAUACAAUAACCCAUUACAUAACCACAUUAAGCCAAAGAAAUACCCCCCCCCCCAAAAAAAUAUUGAAUUCCGGCGAAAGAGGGAAAAAAAAAACACAGAAAUUAAGCAUUAUUUGUCCAAAGAGCAUUAGUGCCCUCUAGUGGAGAAAAUAGUUCUUCGUUUGAAUAAUGAAUAGUUCCUUCAUAAUUACUAUUAUGAAAUUAAAAUGAUUAUGUCUCCGGUUUUCCAUGAUCAAUCGGUGCCAAAUGAACCUGGGAGAGAGGUUUAAAUCCGCGCUUUCGAGUAAUGUUGAGGGCAGCGCUCUUUGUCAAAUACUUCAUUUUUACUGUGCUUUAGAGACGCAACGUGAUUGAACAAGCUACACUUAGAAGAACAUUUUUCUCAAAAAGUUACUCAAGUCAGUAUAACGGCGUACAUGUAAUGCGCUACUGCCCACCUCUAAUUGCGAAACUUUAUGAGAAAAAUGAACUUGUCUGAGUAUUGUUUCCACUUUUGGAUGACUACUUUUACUUGAACAAAAUAUUCUUAAAGUACCGCUUUUACUUGAGUACAAUUUUCUGCUACUCUACCCACCUCUGCACUCAAGUAAAUGUAAGGGAGUACAUGUAACGCAUUACUACCUACCUUUGCAUUUGAUGGAACGUGAAACAUGGAGUAGGUUUCGUCUCAUCCCCGGUGAAAGUAAAUCCGAACGAAACACAGCUUUUUCAACACCAGUUGGAAAAACACUGCUUAACGGCGCAUGAGCCAAACCAAAAACAGUUGCAGGCUGCAGGAGUAACUGUAAUUCCAUGAACCAGGCAUCUUUUAAUAAAGAGCAAUUACAAGAAAAGCUUUCUCCUGACAAAUUAGCUCCACGAACAACACUACAGUUUUUUUGGUUUGUUUGGCGUACGUGCCGUUAGAGGAUUCAAGGUUACAUUAGGUUUCCCUGAGACCUACAGUCAUGGACAAAAUUAUUGGCACCCCUGGAAUUUUUCCAGAAAAUACAGCAUUUCUCACAGAAAGAAAUGCAAUUACAAAUGUUUUCAAUAUGAAUAUGUGUGUGUGAAUGAAUCUUGGAAGUGCAUUGGAAAUCACGAAAAGGCCAAAACUGACACGAUUUUAGACAAAACUCACAAAGUAGGCUGGACAAAAUGGUUUUUGUGCCUUCUUGCAACAGCAAAUUUUGAAAUGUCUCCAUAAGUGUUCAAUGGGAAUUUGAUCCAGACUCAUUGAUGGUCACCUCAAAAUUCUCCAGCGCUUUAUCUCCAACCAUUUCCUGGUGCUAUUUGAGGUCUGUUUGGGUCAUUUUCCUGUUGAAACACGCAUGACCUCUGGCAUAGACUCAGUUUUCUGACACUAUAUUGCGGCCCAAAACAUUUUAAUAGUCUCCAGAUUUCAUGACUUCUUGUACACUGUCAAGGCACCCAGUGCCAGAGGAAGCAAAACAACCCCAAAACAUCAUUGAACCUCUACCAUGUUUGACUCUAGGCCAGUGGUGUCUAACCUAUUCCACAUAGGGCCGCAGUGGGUGCUGGAUUUCAUUCCUACCAAACAAGACGACAUCUUUUCACCAAUCUGGUGUCUCACAAGUGUAAUCAGUUGAUUGCAGUCAGGUGCUGCUUGUUUUAGCGCAAACUUCAUUGGUUAAACUGUGCUCGAUUGGUAGGAACAAAAAACAGGACCCACAGCGGCCCUUGAGGACAGGUUUGGACACCCAUGUUCUAGGCACUGUGUUCUUUUCUUUGUAGGCCUCAUUCUUUUUUCUGGCACGGGGUGUCUUGACAGUGUGCAAGGAGUCAUGAAAUCUAAAGUCUAUCAAAUUGUUUUUGGCCGCAGUGUAGUGUCAAAAAACUGAGGCUGCGUCAGAGGUCAUGGGUAUUACAACAGGACAAUGACCCAAAACAUACCUCAAAUAGCACCGUGAAAUGGCUGGAGACAUAACGCUGGAGAAUUCUUAAGUGGCCAUUGAUGAGUCCGGAUCUAAAUCCCAUUGUGCGCUAUGGAGAGAUUUUGCUGUUGCAAGAACACACCCUUCAAAUCUGAAAGACCUGGAAGAGUUUGCAAAAGAAGAGUGGUCCAAAAUUCCGUCUGAGAGGUGCACGAAACUUUUUGAUGGUUAUAGGAAGCGAUUGCUGUCUGUUAUUUCUUCCAAAGGAUGUGCAACCAAAUAUUGAGGUGAGGAUGCCAACAAUAUUGUCCAGCCUAUUUUUAUGAGUUUUGUCUAAAAUUGUGUAGUGGACAAAUUUGGAACGUGCUUUCGCUGUUGAGUCUUCCACUCCACGAUGCUUACUGCGGUUCCUGAAAAAUAAACCCUAAAUAACGCAUGUUAAGAACCAAACUUUAAGCCCCACCCUCUCAAAUAAGUCCAUCCCUACCAUCCUCAGAGCAACCAUCGCUUCAGGGUAUCAAAUUUAAAUAAGUAAGUUGCUCUGCCCCACCCGUAUUAGUAAAAAUCUUUUAUAUACAAACAUGAAUGUAUAAAUACGAGUACGAAUCUUUUUGACCGCUUACUCCAUACUCCGGCUACUCUGGCUUUUGCCCCACAUUCGAAAAAUAUGCAUGGUAGGCUGAUUGAACACACUAAAUUGUCCAUAGGUAUGAGUGUGAGCGUGAAUGGUUGUUUCCUUGUGCCCUGCAAUUGGCUGGCAACUGAUUCAGGGUGUACUCAGCCUACUUCCCAUAGUUAGCUGGAAUACCCUCGGAAGAUGAAGGAAUGAAUAUUUUUAUGCCUUUUAUUUGAAAAAAUGUCUUUUUUUCUCAUAUUAUUGUUGUUCCUGUUCUUUCCCCAGCCACCUGAGUAUGGAAAUUGUACUCAUACCAGGAAUCCUCAUUAAGUUGUACAUUUAUUUUUUCCAACAUACUGACAAAAUACAGAACGGUGAUACGCAUUCAUUUGCCAACUGAUUAAAAAAACAAAAACAAAUGCUGUUUUUAAAGCCUGUAACAAAUUGAAAGAGGAGGAUGUUUCAAAAAAUGACAAAUGAUUGAAAAUUAUUUUCACAAAAACAAUAUGAUGCAAUGUAGGGUUUUUUUGGUGGUGGUACUUAUAGCCUUUUCGUUACAAAUCCGCUUUGACAUGAGAGUGAAUAGGGUUUUUCCCAAAAUGUCAUGACAAAUGUUUAAAUGUAUUUUUUUUUUUUUUUUGCAUUUCUUCCAUU